ACCAAUCAAAGAACAAAACAGAAAGUGCAGUGAUAAAUUUGUUCACCGAUAUAAAACCUCCCGUCCCCCAUCCCUCUCUGAGAAGUGGUGGUUUCCUUCCCUCGACUUCCUUCGAAUGGCUCUCCUAACUUUCUUGCCCGAACAGUCAGAUUCAGUGCCCAACUCACAAGUUCCAAAACGCAAGCGAAAUAAGCCACAGAAGCAGAAGCAGAAACCACCGUCUUCAUGGGAUCAAAUCAAGAAUCUCCUCACCUGCAAACAGAUCCAAGGGUCGAGAGUGCACGACCCUUCCAAAAACCCCGCUCCGGUGGGCUACUCCAAGAUAGGAUCUUCUUGCAGCUCCUUCUGCAGCUUCAAAGACGCUGUUCAUGGCAACACACGUGUUGUUCACAGGCCUGAUAACUCCUCGCCGGAGAGCAGUGCUCUGGGUCAGCAAACUGGGUUGCUGAGCCGCAAGCCUCCAAAUAACUCGUCAUCCCGGCAGGCCAAAUCCAACGGCGCUCCGACCUGCGCUUCAUCAUCCAGAGGGAUGCAAUUCAGGAAACUCUCCGGCUGUUAUGAAUGUCGAAUGAUUGUUGACCCUUCCAGGCUCCCAAUUCCGAGAAACACUCUAUGUUCUUGCCCUCACUGUGGAGAGUUUUUCCCCAAGAUGGAAAGCUUGGAGCUUCAUCAAGCUACUCGCCAUGCCGUUUCAGAGCUGGGUCCGGAGGAUUCGAGUCGAAAUAUUGUGGAGAUAAUAUUCAAAUCAAGCUGGGUCAAGAAGGGCAGCCCGAUCUGUAAGAUCGAACGGAUACUCAAAGUCCACAACACGCAGCGCACCGUCCAACGGUUCGAGGAGUGCCGAGACGCAGUGAAGAGUCGUGCUCGGUACAGCGGCAAGAAGAAUCCCAGGUGCGCAGCCGACGGGAACGAGCUGUUGCGAUUCCACUGCACCACCCUCUCAUGCGCCUUGGGUGCAUGUGGCUCCUCCUCCUUGUGCGGCUCCCUCCCCGGCUGCGGCGUUUGCACCAUCAUCCGCCACGGAUUCCAGGGCAAGUCUGAUAGUGCCGGCGGCGCUGAACAACACCACUGCAAGGGAGUGCGGACCACGGCCAGCAGCGGUAGGGGCCACGACGCCUUGCAGGGCAGCGACACCAGGAGGGCGAUGCUGGUGUGCCGUGUCAUUGCCGGGAGGGUGAAGCGCGUGGCGGAGGAGACGCUGGCGGAGGAGGAGACAAUAUCGGCUGGGUCGUAUGACUCGGUAGCAGGUUGCGCCGGGAUCUACUCGAAUAUCGAGGAGUUGGUAGUGUUCAAUCCAAAGGCUAUCCUUCCUUGUUUCGUUGUGAUCUACAGAGUGGUGCCAUGCUGAUGAAGGUCAUCAUUCUUGAGAAUCAGAGAUCAAUAUACUUUCUGCUCUGCUACACCCACCCACCCUGCUUUCACAUAAAGCUGUGGGUGGACACUGGACCCUACUGUUUGUCUAAUGUGUACAGUACCAUGAACAUCUUUUCUGGUAAGAUCCACGCUGUAACAAAAUCUCCUGUUUUUUUUUUUAAUGGGUUUGGCCACCUGUUUAACUGCAGGCUUUUCAAUAUGUCAGUUUCAUGGCUUUGCUUAUUAAUUUAUUCAAGUCGAGUGCAACUGUGAACGUUGAAA